AUGAUGCAGCAUGACGUGACGCGCAGCCAGUGGGAGAUGAAUAACUUUGUGGUCACGGACGACAGCUUUUUAUUCCCCAAUACGGAACUUAUGGAAGAGCUCCACAAGACACAACCGUGGAAGAAGUCACCACGCUACUUCAAACGGGUAAAGGUCUCCAUUUUAGCGGCGCUGCAGAUGAUGAGCCAUGCGCAACGUGGAAGCCCCAAUGCGGCGUGCCCCAAUGACGGUGGCACUGGUGCCGCUUCUUCCCCACCCAUACGAAGUGAGCCUCGUCACGAGAAUUGGUUUGAGGUGAUGGGUCUAAUGUUGGGUCACUUCACCGAGGAGGAAAUGAUUGUGACGAAUGCCUUUGCUCUCCCUGUAGACGCCUCCGAGGUGGAGUGCGCCAUGAAUGACGCAUCACAGCUGUACAUGCUGGAAUAUCUCCAGUAUCAUCAGCGUGGUGGAACGCAGGAGGGUUGCAUUGGGUGGUACCACAGCCACCCUGGCUACACCUGUUUCCUCUCAGGCACAGAUGUCAGCACGCAGCAGCUUGGACAGAAGGCACAGGACCCGUGGGUGGCCGUUGUGGUGGACCCGGUACGCACCUUAUCUACUGGGAUGUUAGAUAUGAAGGCUUUCCGCACAUUUCCUGAGGACUACGCAGCAGAGCUACAGCGGGCACGUCAACAGGCGGGCGGACGACACUGUGGGAGCCCGACGAAAUCCACCGGUGUGCCUUCGGAGCGUAUUAAGGAGUACGGCGUGCACGCCCACCGCUACUACGAGCUUCCCAUCACGCUCGUGCGCAGCAGAAGCGAUGAGGCCAUACUCGAUUGUUUGUGGUCCCGUUACUGGGCACAGACAUUCCUUUCCAAUCCGCUCACUACGAAUCGGAAGCUCAUGACACAGCAGAUUCAUCAACUGACUGACGUGCUUGAAAGUGGCCUUGCAACUCGGCAGAAAAAGAUGGUGAAGGACGAUGAAUGCCAGUUUGAUACUAAAGUGCGGAGUCAGGAACAAUACGCGGAUGCCGUUGGCGACGGUGAUGUGGCGCACGACAACAACGAAGCUUUCAAAGAAAAGAGCCUUCAAGUGCGUUACUUGACGUCCGCUUUGGCCGCAGAGGUGGCGUUGGGUGGCGUACUUUUGGUAGUUAAAAGUUCCGUCUUUCAGGCCUAA